GCCUCCCAGCGUCAGUUUCUCAGUGUAGACCCUCCACCAAAAUGUCUCUGGAACGCCAAGUCCGCGCAAAACUCGCCUCCAAACGCGACCCCCAGCAGGACAAGGAGGCGCAGGAAUGGAUCGAGACCAUCCUCGGCGCCAAGUUCCCCCCAGGUGAGCUCUACGAGGACGUCAUCCGCGACGGGACCGUCUUGUGCCAGGUCAUGAACAAGCUCUCCCCCAACUCCGUCCCCAAGAUCAACACCUCCGGGGGGCAGUUCAAGAUGAUGGAGAACAUCAACAACUUCCAGGCCGCUUUGAAGACCUACGGAGUCAACGACGUGGACGUCUUCCAGACCGUGGACCUGUGGGAAAAGAAGGACAUCGCCCAGGUGACCAACACCAUCUUCGCCUUGGGCAGGCAGACCUACAAGCACCCGGAGUGGCCCGGCCCGUGGUUGGGCCCCAAGCCCUCCGACGAGAACAAGAGGGAGUUCAGCGAGGAGCAGCUCCGGGCCGGGGAGAGCAUCAUCGGGCUGCAGGCCGGGCAGAACAAGGGGGCUUCCCAGGCUGGUCAGAACAUCGGCGCUGGCCGCAAGAUCAUUCUGGGAAAGUAAUCCCGCUUUUCUAAUUUCCACGAGGUUUUUUAUUUGUUCUUAUAUGGAAGAUUCUUAAUAAAUUUAUUUAUUUAUAA